AAGGUGAUUCUUUCACCUUUUUUCUUUAUAAAAAUGUUUUUGUUAAUUAAUUUAUUUUACUGUAAACGAUCAUAAACAUUAUUUGAUAUAAAAUGCCGUAUCCACUGAUUGAAAUUAUUAAUAUUUUCAUUAAAACUCCACCCGAACACCAUACCAAGUAAAUGGUAUUUUACUUUUAAUCAUUUUAUGUGUUGUGAUUUUAUAUCUACCAUAGUUUAUUUUGCAAUCAUAUAACGGUACUUAUGUAACUAUGUAAGCAAUAAAGAUUGUUUGGGUGAAGUGCGAAAGAUAUACAAUAAUAUGUUAUGAUCUUGCAUGUUAAUUACUUAAAAUAACUACGAGAUUUUUAUAUUUUAAUUUUAUGUUAAUAUUCAAAGUAAUUAAGAUUUACUUUCUGAAAAUAUGAAUGUAGUGCGAUAUUCAUGAAAUUAUUCUAGCGGUUUAUUGGAAUGCUUCGAUUUUUAAGCAGAAAGCGGGGUCGAAAUGAUCCCAAAGCUCGCAACAUCAAAGCUGGAGCUGAACGUUUAAAUCCGCCAAAUAAACAUUGUAUGCAAUGUAGAGUAAUGCUUUUAGAUGGAACAGAUUUAUGUAUAGAACUGUCGAAAAAAGCAGUAGGCAGUGACUUAUAUGAACAAGUUUUCUAUUCAUUAGAUUUAAUUGAAAAAGAUUACUUUGGACUACAAUUUACUGAUGCCAAUCAUGUUCAGCAUUGGCUCGAUCCAACAAAAGCAAUCAAAAAACAAGUUAGAAUUGGACCACCCUACACAUUUCGCCUUAGAGUCAAAUUUUAUUCUUCAGAACCCAACAUGUUACGUGAAGAGCUCACCAGAUAUCAGUUUUUUCUACAACUUAAAUUAGACAUACUUGAAGGUCGUUUAGAAUGUCCUCAAAAUACAUGCAUUGAAUUGGCUGCUUUAGCUUUACAAUCUGAACUUGGAGAUUAUGAUGAAGAGUGUCAUACUCCCGCAGUUAUUUCAGAGUUUAGAUUUGUGCCAAAUCAAACCGAAGAUAUGGAAAUACAAAUUGUAGAUGAGUUUAAAAAAUGUAAAGGGUUAACACCAGCUCAAGCAGAAACCAGUUAUUUAAAUAAAGUUAAAUGGUUAGAAAUGUAUGGAGUAGAUAAUCAUAUUGUGCUAGGCAAAGAUGGUUGUGAAUAUGCUCUUGGUCUAACACCAACUGGUAUAUUAGUAUUUGAAGGCUUGCAAAAAAUUGGGUUGUUUUUUUGGCCAAAAAUUGGUAAACUAGACUUUAAGAAAAAGAAAUUAACAUUAGUUGUUGUAGAAGAUGAUGAUCAAGGGCGAGAACAAGAACAUACAUUUGUAUUUAGAUUACAUAAUGAAAAAGCAUGCAAACAUUUAUGGAAAUGUGCUGUUGAACAUCAUGCAUUUUUCAGACUAAGAGCCCCCGUUAAAGGUCCAUCAGCAAGGCAAAACUUUUUUAGAAUGGGAUCGAGAUUUAGAUAUAGUGGCAAGACAGAAUUUCAAACCACUCAGUUAAAUAGAGCUAGGAGAACAGUUCAGUUUGAAAGACGUCCAAGUCAAAGAUAUGCAAGAAGGCAAUCGCAUGUCUUAAGAGAACGUCAAAAGGAUAAAACUGAAAAACCUAAAACACAUGAAGAUAAAAAUGAAAAAAUCAACAUAAUGGAUAAGCCACCAACACCAAUUUUGGAUCCUAAGGAUAUACAAAUUGAACCAACAUCGUUAACAUCAAAUACGUCAGAUGUUGUUGAGGAUAGAUUUGAUUCAUUACUUAAAUGUUUGAAUAAAGAUACACCAUUGAUAAACAAUAAUAAAAACGAAUCAAAUUCAGCAAUCUCUAGUUUAAGUAGUAAAACUGAUGAUGAAGAUCAAAUUAAUUUGUCUCCAUUGCCUAAUAACAAAAAUACUACAUUUAAUACUACUCCUAGACCAAUACCUAAAGAACACCUGAAAUGUAAUAUUUUAAAAGCAAAAGUUGAAGAAGAAAUGAAAAAAUCGCCAUUGUCAAUGUUUGACCCACUAUCUACUAAUAAAGUUACCAAUUUAGAAGAUUCAAAUAUACUACAAAACGGAGAUUCAAAAUUAUCUAACUGUGGAAAAGAGCAAGCAACUUUUGUUUCUGUUGGCGGUGACAAAUUGACUCUAUCUCUUAAUGGUGGUAUUGCACAAUUAGAAGAACUUAAAUUGUCAAUCGAAGAACCCAAUUUAACUGAAACAACAGUGUUCAAUGACGAUCGUAAGACAUGUACUACCCCAGUUACAGUUACUCAUUUUUCUUUUGGAGAAUAUGGUAAAUUAGAACAACGAAUUAUUUCUCCUGAAAAAAGUCCUACAGAUAAUUCAACUAACUUCUCAUCAUUGCCAUUUAAUGCAGCUUCUCCAACCAGCCCUAGAAAUCCAUUUUCUGCUAAUCCCUUUACAGGCGAAUCUUCAUCAUCAACCACUAAUCCAUUUUUGACUUCACCAUCUAAUCCAUUUUCCGAUAAUGUUAAAAAAAAUACUGGUAUUAGUAAUGGUAUUGUUGUAACAGUUCUUGAUUCAAGUUCAGGUACAAGUGGCAAAACAAAUAUAGAAACAAAAACAACUCAGUCAAAACAGGUACCUUCUAAAGUGAAGCCUUUAAGUCAAAUUUCACCAUGGUUAGUUACUAGUACAGAAUCAACACCAGGUCCAAAAGUAAUUACUAGAAAAUCAGUAAUCACCACUCAACUUUAAAUAUUUAUGAGUUUUGUGUUACAAAAUUGGUUUGACUAGAGUUUCUUAAAAAAAUAGUGACUAUUAAAACUAGAAAAUUUUAUGUAGCAUCUUGAAAAAUUAUUUUACUAUUGUAUUGCUAACAUUUUUGAUCUCUUCAUUUUCAUUAUUUUAUUAUAUUACUUUAUCAUUUAGAUGAUAUUAUUUUACAUAUAAUUGUAUAAAGUAACUACAACUAAAUUUUAAUUAUUGAUUAUUAUAGUGUUAUUUUUUCUUUCUAACACUUUAUUUUAACUUAAUAUGAACAUUUUUUUUUUAAAGAAUAGGUGAAUAUAUAAUUGAAGUUACUUUUUAAAUAUUAUAUUUAUGUGUUAUGUAAUAAUUUUUAUUAUUGUAAAUCUUAAUGAUUUUUACUUGUUAUUGUAGCAUCACACAUUUUAGAAUAUAAUUUAUUUGAAUUUAUUUUUAAAUAUUUUCAAAAUUAUGAGUACUUUAAUAUAAUUUACAUAAAAUUUUAUUAUAUUAAUUUAAACUAGUUAAAUGUUCAUUUCAUGUACCUGUAGUUAAAAAUUGAGUAAUUAUUAUUUAUUUUUAAAAAGCUCAAUUUAUCUAAUAAUAAAGUUACUUGCAACUAUUCUAUCAUUUGAUCAGUAUUGAAGUAGUUUUAGAAAUUAUAUGUGAUAGUAUCCGUCCAGUUGUAAUCAUAACCGAAUUUUAUCCUAUAUCUAUUUUAUUAAACUUCAUAAACUUAUGUAAAAUUUUUAUGCUCUCUUUUUGAUUUUCUUUUAUUAUUUUGUUUUUU